AUGAAACCGGUAUCACUUUACGGCGGCGCCCUUCGUACUGUUCUGCCUCCAGGGUUUAUCGAUGCCAGUUUACUACGACCUGUUCCCGAUACGCAGGAAGUAUAUGUAAAUGGUCGCCAAGAAGGUGAAGAUUACGGAGACGGAUUGGGAUUAAAUGAGAGUAUUACUGUAGAUCUACUGGAAAGAAUUGAAGCUAGCAAUGAUGAAGAUGCCUUAAAGGAACACGUGACUGAAAUAUUUGAUCUCAAUGGUUCCACCAACUGUCAAAUGGAUCAACUACAUCGAAUCAAUUCGUCCGUAUAUGCAUGUAUAGCGCAUGACGUUAAUCUGGUACUUUGUGUAGGACUUAUUAGACUUCCACAGUAUGGAACAGACGUUGUAAUCACGAUAAACGUGCCUGGUCAAGCGGUGAGGACCGGAGAAGAACUACCCAAGGAAGUUCAGGCUACGAAUAAGGUGCUGACGACCAUUUUGAACCAAUUCGAAGUAGUUGACGGCUCUCUGUUUGUAUAG